AUGAGUCUGAAUUCUCGAAAACCUCUAAAUAAUAAUGAUCCAAUGAUAGGGUCAAGUAGUUCACAAAAUGGAUCAUCCUUUAAUUAUGGGAGUACUAAUUUAAAUGGAGUUAGUUUUCAAAAUCAGAUUGUUUCUUUGCCAAGAAUAGAAAGUGGGAAUAAUUUGGUAAGGCAGAGAUCAAUGAGUUUUUCAGGAACUUCUGUAACUUCUUCUAAUAAUAAUCUACCUGAUGAAACUGGGUUAGCGAUGUCCCAUCAAGAGAUUACAGCUCCUGGUGGGUUUAGAAGAUCGUUUAUAUUAAGGAAGCAUACAAUGGAGAAUAAAAAAGCGCCGUACUUACCUGAUUUUAUAGUUACCAAUUUUAAAGAAUUUUUAACUCUUUAUGGUCAUUUUGCUGGUGAAGACUUAUCAGAAACAGAUGAGGAAGAAGAAGCAAUAGAAGAAGAAGAGGAAGAAGUGCAGACGUCUCUACUUCGUCGCCGUCCAAUUCCAGAUACAACUAGAACACAAGCUGCCCCUGUCGAUAAGAGCAAGAAGGUUUCUACUACAAAGGCAAUUUUACUACUGCUUAAGUCAUUUGUAGGAACAGGUAUACUUUUUUUGCCAAAGGGUUUUAGCAAUGGUGGCUAUUCAUUUAGUACAAUUUCACUUCUUCUGUGCUCGGUAAUCUCUUAUUACUGUUUUGUUUUGUUGAUAUCAACAAAAGAUACAACUCAUGGCAUAAAUGGUUAUGGUGAUUUGGGACAACAUCUAUUUGGUAGGCCAAUGAAAUUUGCCAUCCUACUAUCAAUCGUUUUAUCUCAAAUUGGGUUUUCCGCUGCAUACACAGUAUUUGUAGCAACCAACCUCAAGACAUUGUGUAAUUCAGUAUUCGAAAAUUUGGAUUCUUCGAUAAAGUUCUUCAUCAUAUUUCAAGCAAUAUUAUUUAUUCCCCUUUCAUUUACAAGAAACAUUACUAAAUUAACAGCUACAGCUUUGAUCGCCGAUUUUUUUAUUCUAAUAGGUCUGCUGUACAUUUAUUAUUAUCCAAUAUCGUAUAUUUCAUAUAAUGGUAUUGCUAGGGGUACUAUGGUUCCCUUCAACAACAAGAGUUGGUCAUUGUUUAUUGGUACUGCAAUCUUCACAUUUGAAGGAAUUGGACUACUGAUUCCAAUUCAAGAAUCUAUGGCAAAGCCACACUUGUUUAGAUUAUCGUUAUCUCUAGUCAUGGUUAUAGUUACAUUGAUUUUUGUUUCUGUUGGUCUUCUGUGUUAUUCUGCAUUUGGUUCAGAUGUUGAAACAGUAGUGCUACUAAAUUUCCCUCAGGACAGUCCUUAUACGCUGAUAGUGCAAUUAUUAUAUUCUUUAGCAAUUUUAUUAUCAACACCAUUGCAAUUAUUCCCUGCCAUCAGAAUUCUGGAGAAUUGGGUAUUUAAGUCAAGGUAUUCAGGAAAGUAUAACCCAAAGAUCAAAUGGGCAAAGAAUUAUUUCCGUACACUCGUGGUUAUUGGUACAUCGUUCAUUGCAUGGAUUGGUGCCGAUGAUCUGGAUAAGUUUGUUUCUUUGGUUGGAUCUUUUGCUUGUAUACCUUUAAUUUAUAUCUACCCUCCAUUAUUACACAUUAAAGCAUUGAAAAGAAAUGGGACUGUAACUAACCUUCAUCUAAUUGUAGAUUCAUGUAUGAUCAUUUUUGGUUUUACAAUUUUAAUCUAUACAUCAUGUCAGACAAUCAAGCUUUGGAUAACAUGA